AUGGAGCAGUUUGCGCUGUCAUCGGUGCACUCGGGUGCUAUCAAGCACCUCCACAGCAUCCAGUUCGCACCCACGACGGUCGACCUCGCGAGGGAAGUCCGCCUGGCUGUGACUGUGGUCGUAAUCGGCUGGGUUGCGGUCACGGGAAUCAGGGCAAUUUUUGAACGUAGGAGGCAGUAG